GGAGGCGGGCGGGCGGCGGCGAGGAGACCGCGACUCAGUCAGCUGGUUCUCCCGGGAGCGUCGGCACUUUGCUAAGCGACUGAUCCCAGCCAGGGGACAGGGUCUGCCCGGGCCAGUCGGGCGGGCUGGCGGCUUUGCGAUCGGAUCGUCCGCAGAGCCACAAGUGAAAGCAAAAGCUCGCUGGGCAGAGCGGCGUUUCUGAGUCCUGGAGCCACGCGCACCAAAGAGACCCCCCCCCCCCCUUCUGCCGCUUGGGAGCCUGGCACGCGCCCUGCCCCCGGGCACGGCUCGGGAGCCCCCUGUGACACCGAACAAGUUCUCACAGGAGUCCGAGCCCCCCUUGCGCGUCACCGGCCGGAGCCCGGAGCGGCACUUGUGGAGCGGGGCAGAUGUCGCAUCUGGCCACCCCCUUCUUCCGGGCGGCGAGAGUUUGCCGAUGUGAGCGCCCGCAGUUGCUCUCUUGGCUGCUUCAUUCGUUUCUCUUGGGCCGGGGUAGCGCCGGAGGCCACGGGGAGGAGGGGGGGCGCAUCGCUCGACAGUAAGAGCGCGGCUCUGCUUGUCGGCGGGACGCCCAUCGCUCCUGAGCUGCUGCCGAAGUUUUGCCAAAGUAAUGUAGAGAAAAAAGUUAGUGACGAAGCUCAAGGCACCCUCUGACUUCUGUUAAUGAGGUAACGGCGAUGACUGUGUCCGUUGAGACGAAGGAUACACAUAACUCCCAAAUGAAGCUCUUUUCCUCUGUUAUUUUGGGGGAACAGUGACCUCUUUUGAUUAGAGUACACACAGACAUGUCAUCCUGCGAGGGGAUGAAGAAUUAGCGAGAAAGUCACUAUUAGACAAUAAUCGUCGUUUUUUCUCCACUGACGACUAACCCGAACAAGAUCAGUUGCUGAACUGUUGCCUAACUAGGAUUGAGUGACGACGCAACAGAAAACUGUUACACACAGAACCAGUUUCCUGUGUGAAAUCGAUUUUCUUGGUAGUAACAACAGCAGAGACGUUCGAAGCCUGAAAAAGAGGUAGUUAUGAUCUGGAAUGUCAGAAUCCUAAAGGCCAAUUUGAGUACACAGAGGUUGUGAACGGUAAUUGCCCUUUAAUGCCCUGUCAGAUUAACCUGUUUGGCUCUCAUCGUUUAUUACGUCAGCAGCCGAGGAAAAUGAAUUUAUCUAGGGAAAUACAGCUAAGUCAUCUGCAGUUAAGCCAAAUGGAAGCUAGGAGUGAGGGUGCCCUGAAGUGUUAAUUAUUAAUAUUAGCAUUAAACUUGAGCACACUUUAAAUAACAUAAAUGCUAGUUUGGACUUCCAAGAAUGUGUCCUGACACAACUUCUCAGAAUGGGAGAGGGGAAAACUAAAAGCAGUGGGGAAAUUAUUAAUAAAAUAACUAUAAAUGGAAGGAAGCAUUAGUUUUGAAAAUUAUCUCUGAAUAACUAGCAAUGUAUGCUGUCUGUUAUAGAAACAAAACUGUCUAAUGGGAUCUUAUUUGUAAAACUUAUUAUUUUGUCUUGAUCAUAAGAUUCUGAUGGAGGAGUGAGCACUUGCUCCAGGGAUGAAUUGAGCCUCUGUGGUCCUAUUCUGUGGGGUGUUCAGCACCUCCAUCUUCCACUUCAGUGAAAGAUAAAGAUGUUCAGCACCUUACCAAGUGGGAUCUAUGUAGUUGUAUGGACUUGUAGUUAAACAGAAAAGCCUAGAUGUCAUUUUUUUUCUUGGGUUAAUUAUAGAGCAAGUCCAAUUGUGUUAGUGCUUUACAAAGUGAACCAGGUCCUUGACCCAAAUAACUUAUAGCCUUAGAUAAUUUAUAGGAAAAUGACUGGGGAAAAAAGGAUGCAAAACAAAAUGUUUAACUUUUGCUUGUUCUAUCUUGAAUAAAAAAUGUUUCUAACCAGAGGAUGAUAUCAACAUUACAAUUUUAUAUCUAUUUACCAAGUAUAUAUCUAGCAUUCUGUACUUCUGAUGUAGUCUACCCAGAAGUGAUGUCAGUGAUUAACUAGUGGCUGGGCUGGAGCAACUUCCCGCCCACCUGUGGUGCAGUGCGGUAGGCCCAGCUGGACUAGCCCCCAGCCUCAGGCAGGCUGCAGCCCAGCCUGGCCCGCCACGCUGUGGGCGGUGGAUGCUCCAUCCAGCUGAAGCAGCCCCCACCUGAGGUAGGCCCAGACCACAGUCUCUGUACUUCUGAUAUGGUUCUGAUUUAUCAUUAUUUGUAUUCUCAUAGUGUCUGGAACCCCAUGGAGCAGAACCCUACUGGGCUAGGCACUAUACAAACAAGACAAAAAGACAGUCUCUGUCCCAAAAGAGCUUACAAAACAGGUCAUCAAAACCAAAAAAGUUGAAAGUAGCAGCAAAAUCCACCAAAGAAAAACUAACCCAAAACAAUAUUCCCACAAACCUACCUGCCCACAAUCUUCAGCCCCUUCAUGAAUAGCGGUGUCUUUCAGGAUGUUGGAAGGUCAGGAGACUUGGGCAAUUUCAGGCCAAGGGGAAGUGCAAGUUCUGAAGUCAAGGGUGACUGUAGAAAACAGUCUCCCAUUACUCUUAAAUCAUGGAGACAUCAGUAAAAGCAAAUAAAGUUAUAAAAGGGAUUCUAGCAAAAUUUUGUUGCUAGUGGAUAUUUGAAAAUAACUCCUCCAAUUACUAAUGAAAAUCCAGCAUGGACAAUAUUUCUCAUGAUAUUUUCCAUUAAAACUGUGAACAUUCUUGGUUUCUUUUGGUGGUAAUGCUGAUUUUAAUUAACAUUUUAUCCAAAUAUGUUUUUUAAAAAAACAGACCUGCCACUAGGACUGAAAAUGUAUUAGCACAAUUAAUUAGUUGGGGUGGGCUGGUGGCUUUAUUAAUUUAGCUCUCUGACUGUAGUGAAUUAGAAUUAUCUAAAUAGAAUUAAGCCUUCCCCAUGAACAUAAACAGUGACAGCUAAUGCACACAGCUAAGGCUUCCUCUAGUCAGGGACAAUGAUGAGUUCAAUCCCAUUGGGAAAUAGAAAGAACUUAUCUGAAUGCAUUGGUGAAAUAGUAAAUGCUGUUAUUGGUUCGUCAGCUGGAAAUCCGAGUGAUGUUUCUAACUUGCUGGAGAUGAGUAUAUUCUAGCUCUCUGAGAUUAUGGAAUUAAUGGGUAUCAGUACUUCAGAUGUGAUUGAUGAGCAGGGGCUUCCUGAAGUGAAUUACAUAAAUUUCCCAAGGUCUGAUGAAAUGACAGCUAGUACCAGGGAAUUUUCCCUUCUUUAAUAACUGAGGGCAAAAUCCUGGAUGUAUUGAAAUCAGUGGGAAUUUUUCAUUGACCUUAGUAGGGCCAGGAUUUUCACAUGGAGAGUUUGGGAGCUCUUCAGCCCUUCUAUUUUUUAUUGAAAUUGAGAACAUUCUUGGAAAGCCUCUAUAGCUGGGAUUUGGAGACUGGGGCAAGAGAAUUCUACAUAUUGCUAGUUCUCAAACCUUAGGAUAUUGUAAAUUACCUUUUACAAAUAUUUAGCUGUGGCCGAAAUCCUGCUCUCAAUUUCUGCAGUUGAAAUGUAAAUUUCUGGAUAACUGAGUGAAGAAUCUGGCUUUUUUGUUAGGUGGUGGUGAAGCUACCACCCGAAGCUCAAAGAUAUAGCUGACAUAAAAGUGACUAACUGUGAAAAUCUAGGCUAACUACAUAAAGCCUUCACUUCACUACACAGAUCCCUGGAGGCAGUUGUCUACUUACCUGCAAAAUGAUGCUCCAAAACCCAGGCCAGGUAUCUGCAUCAGAAGUCAGCGCCUCUGCAAUUGUUCCCUGUUUGUCUCCUACAGCAUCACUGGGGUUUGAGGAUUUUACAAAUCUAACCCCACUGGUGAAGGAGGAAUUGAGAUUUGCCAUCCAAAAUAAGUGCCUAUCCCACAGGAUGUCCUCCACAUUGGAUACAGUGACAGUAUUGGAAAGACCUGUUGAAAUGUCUGUUCUGAAAGCAGAGUUUUCACCCCAAGAAGAUGAAAGGAAAAAGAGAAGAAGGGAAAGGAACAAAAUUGCAGCUGCAAAAUGCCGAAACAAAAAGAAGGAGAAAACAGAAUGUUUGCAGAAAGAAUCAGAAAAGCUGGAAACUAUCAAUGCAGAAUUAAAGGCCCAGAUUGAAGAGCUAAAGAAUGAGAAGCAACAUUUGAUAUACAUGCUGAAUCUUCACAGGCCCACUUGCAUAGUCCGAGCACAGAAUGGGAGGACGCCUGAGGAUGAACAAAACCUCUUUAUUCAACAGAUCAAAGAAGGAACAUUGCAGAGUUAAGUGACAUUGAAGCAAAUUAAGAGUUCUCAUAGUGCAUCUUUACACCAAAAAAACAGAAACCAUGGAGGAUUUGACUCAAUGUGUAUCUGUGGGAUCCUAUUAGUCUAGAACCGUUAGGCAGAGAAGAUUGCUUUGUUAAGCAGGAAGGAUCGUGUUGGCUUAGCUGUGAUUCUUCAUCUCCAAAGAUUUGUUCUUGAUCAAGUUGAAGAGCCCUCUGCCUCAACUCUAGUACUUGUCAAACUUGCUGUUCCUAGAAGCUACAACAACAGUUCUGGAAGUUUUAGGUUCCUGCUAGUGUACAGUGCCUGCACUCACGAUGUUUGUGUUAGAACACUAUGACUUCCAAUGAUGCACAUCAUACCAACAGCUGUGCUGGAUGGACACUAUCUUUCUUUGUUGCUGGUGGGGGAAGCACACUGAGAGAAAGCACACUGAGAGAUUUUUGUUUUGCAGUUUCCAGAAUGAUGCUUUCUGGCAGAAUGUGUUGUGUGAUGGGACAUACUGUAGUCUAAUCUAAUGCUGCAAAGACUUUAGUUUCAAUCUUAAGCAUUGUGCUUAUGUUUUUUUUUCACAACACUUGUGUGGGUUUUUCUGUGACUCAGAGGCAAAUUCUGAGAAGUCUGAUAGGUGUGACAAAUGUCAGUUUCUUGCCAAAUGUCCAUGUAGCUAAGUUUGCAUUUACUGAACAGUGCCACAUACUGUUCUUCAGGAAUUGCAAUUUUGUAAUGAAAAGUAGGAAAGCACCUUGGCCUUUGAGCACCCAGAAUACAACACUGUUAUUCAAAGAACUUUAUGAAAAUAAAAUUACACAGUAAAAAUAGACUUGAAAAAUCUAAUGUUUCCCUGAUGUGGUGAGCAUGCAAUCUUUAUUCAGACAAAACUCCAAUUUAUCAUUCAUUUUGAGUGAAAUUUACUCCUGUGCAGAAGGCAGAUGCUAAAGCCUUAUUACAUCCUGUAAGCCUUAUUUUGAUGCUAUAAAUGUAAUUUAUUUUAUGCAUAGACCUUGCGCUGAUCCUCUGCAUAGUGGGGAAUUACACUUUCUGGGAAGAAGGAAUGAACCAGGAAGGGACUUCAGUAAGAUUUUUGCUUGAGGCAGGAUUGCGGGGUUGUACUUCAAGUUUGUGAAUCACAGAAAAUAGAAAUAGAAAACACAUUUAAUUAGAUCACGUAGAGGCUGAUUCUCCACACCGUUACUUAGAUUAGCAAUCCUGUUCCCACAAGUAGUUCCUGGGUAGCUCUUACUCAGGGGAUCAACAGUUUGAAGAUGAGAGACUUCAGACCAUUGCUCACCCGAGUAAGAGGUGAGCAUCCUGUCAGGAUUAUUUAUUUCCAGAAGAUUUAUAUGGAAGGGGGAGGGUGAAGGGGAGAGGAAUUCUGAUUGUAUUAAUUUUUCUUUCCCAUUUGAGUGUUAACUGCAAUCAACCAAGUUGCUGUUUAGAAUCUAAGAAUAGCUUUGAGUUUGAUGUAGUGAGAAACUAUUUUUACUUUUUUUAAAAUCUAACAGAUGUUUUGAACUACUAGUUGAGCUGCUGGACUAAAGAACUAGAGCUAUGAGUGUUUAAAUUCUGAUGUUUCUGUGAAAUCCUCAGAUUGUUUAAUCCUAUUAAAUAUUAUUACAUUUUUUUGUAAAAGAAAAUAUUAUCUUUAUUUAUCACUAAUAUUCCUAAGAGGUUGACCUAAUAAAUAUUACAAAGUAGACAAAAUGAAAACACAAGUGUUGUACUGUUUUUUAUUUUUACUUUUUGGUGUCUAAUAUUAUAUAUUUCUAAACUUCAGUGCUUCUAUUUGGGACACCACUAUUUAAAAAAGUAUUAAUGCCUGAUCCUUGCCUCACAUGAGGUAUUGAUCAUCAUCUUGCAGGAUUGGGAUCAGAGAUUUCAUAACUCCAUCAGUGGUGUCUAAUUACUUACCUUUUCAACAAAGCAAAACAUAAGAAUGGAGCUUACAGUACAUAAUAUUUUACACCAGUUCUGCAGUGUUAAAAAAUACAAUUUCAAUCUAAAGGCUAAACCAAUAGAUACCUCAACCACCAGCUUCUUAUUUUGCAAGUCCCAGAUGGGUAAACUGAAUAUUAUGCCAGAUCCGUUUUUUAUUUUUAUAUUCUGCAAUAGAACUUUUUAAUACACUUUCCUAAGAUCAGGAUAUAUUAUGAUGUCCUAUAUCAUGUCUGAAAUACAUACUUCAAGUACUUGAAAAGUAAAUGUACAAAAUGCAACAUAUUGGGCCAGAUUCAGUCCUGGGGACAAAGUCUCUCAUUGCAGGUUUUGUGAAACUUCCAUUGAUUUUAAUGAGAGAUUCUCGGAGCCUGUGGCUGGAGAACAGAGCUCCUUCAUGCAGUUCCGGUUCCUUAACUGGAGUUACACAAUGGAUAAAUUUGGCCCAUUUUUUGUCUGACACGCAAAGAACAUAGAAUAUGUUUCAAUAACCUUGUCAAAUGAAUUUUCAUUAGCAUUUGACUUCUGUAAUAUAGAAGCAGUAGAUCUAGACAUAAUCCAGAUACCAAACUCCUUAUAUUUGUCAAUAAAAAAGUUUGUCACCUAUGAUGUUAUAAGGUAUUAGUACAGAGCUGGCUUCAUUUACUGUUAAAUAUCACCAAAUUCACAUCCUUUUCUUUAGGAAUUUUGUACAGUUGCUCUUAACUGUAUUACUGGUGACGCAGGCGUCAUGCUUUUGCUGCUUGAUUUAAACAUAAUGUUAUUUACUAGCAUGCUAAAUGUUAAUGUGGUAUCACUCCUUUUGUCAGAAGAUAUUCUGUUUUUAUUUCUAUCUGUUCAGUCAUAGCUGCUCUUCACUGUGCAUGAAUGUGUAUGCAUUCAUGUGUGUAUGAACGACUAUAAUUCAGAUGUUAUGGUACUGAAGUUAAUUGGAAUAUACCCAUGAAAGCAAUGUUUAAAAAGGCUAGAGAAGAACAAUGCAUUGCAUGGGUUUCGUAAAUGUCUACUUCAUUCAGGAGAACCUUUAAAACAGCAUUAAAAGAAAUUUGUUUUCUAUUCUGAA